GCCACGACGCCACACUUUGCCUCCAUCCCCGGAGAGCAUAGGAGUCAACCUCGAGUUGUGCUCCUUGGCUAGGCAGGAAGGGAGUAGCCAACGACCAUGGCCAGCUCAUCGACGAGCGCGGUAGCUGCCGCGGCGCUUCUCCGGCGGCAGCUUAAGCAGAUGCAAAACGCCACGGACCUCCCAGGCAUCUCGUGCGGUUUGGUGAAGGACAGCAACAUCUUCGAGUGGGAAGUGAUGCUGAUGAUCAACGACGACUGCAAAUACUACGGCGGAGGCAACUUCCGCGCGCACCUCACCUUCCCGCCCACGUACCCGCUCAUGCCGCCAAAGAUGGUUUUCCAGGCACCCGUGCCCUUUCACCCCAACAUCUACCCGAACGGCGAGCUCUGCAUCAGCAUCCUGCAUCCGCCGGAGGAGGACAAGUACGGGUACGAAGCCGCCAGCGAGCGGUGGAGUCCCGUGCAGACGCCCGAGACGAUCCUGCUGAGCGUGAUCAGCCUGUUUGAGGAUCCCAAUGACGAGAGCCCCGCAAAUGUGGAAGCGGCGCGGCUGUUCCGUGAGGAGAAGGAGGGGAAGAACAAAGAGUUCAGGAAGCGGUGUCGGAAGUGCGUGAGAGAGAGCCUGGGGGAGGACUGAGCUUAGAGAGUCGCUCUGCGGUGGUAUAAGCGGGGACUGGGGCUGGGAAGGUAUCUGACAACGAAGUGAGCUGGGUCCUCCCGGAGGUCUUGCAGCUCGAUUGCCGAGACUGGAGAGCGAGCUGCAACAACAUUGUGGCUGCUGGCAGGAGACAAGGUGGGAAGAGCAAGGGUAUAUUGCGACAGCCGGACAGCACAUAGUCCUCGACACGCAUACCAACGGGCGUACGCAGAACCAGCAGAUCGGGGGGCACAAGUAAGUAGAGGAAAACACCCAGACGCACACAAAUAUAACAAUCAGCGUUAUUGCCCCUCUCUUAUGCGCACACUCACGAGACCAAUCCCAAAACCAUGCCCAACUUCGAAUCCCACUCCUCAUCCCACCGCCUCCUCCCUUCCCUCACAGCCCCUUCCUUCAGCCUGUCUAACUCGGCCUUCCCGCCCACCCCCAAGAGCCGCACCAGAACGCCGGCCAACUCCUCGGCCGUCUCGAACCCGGUCCCGUUCUCCCCCUCCCUGACCAACUCAGCGAAGCUCUCGUAGCGCGAGUAGGCGGCGACGGGCAGGCCGGCGCCGAACAUGUCGACCACCUUCAUGGGCAGGUCGACGCCGGAGCUGCUGCGGUGCAGGCAGACGCCCAGGUCGGCGCACGCCAGCAGGCCGGCGUAGUCGGCGAAGGGCAGGAAGGCCGUCGCGACGCGCACGUUGGGCAGCCGCCCCGCGGCGGCGAGCG